GUCAACGCUUCAACGGACACACGGUGGGGUUUUUCUGAUCGAGCGCACCGCAGACUGCAGCCGUCUCUGCCUCCGCUCCGCAUCCUAUCGUUCCCCGCUCGGCGUCUCUCCGUCGGUCACGACAGCUCGGAGCCCCCCGCUGGUUUUCUCCGCCGGUUGCUCUGCGGCUGGAUCUCGUCGGGAUGGACCCAGCCAGCCGGUACCGAGUGUUGCACAACGAGGAGGACUCUUCAGAGGCCUCCACCAGCGAAGAGCAGCCGUGCACUUCUGCCGCUGCCCAGGCCAGUAUGUCCAGCCAGGCCCAAGUCGGCCCGGCGGCGUCAGGCACUCAGGAGGAGGCGGAUGCACCUCCACCGCCUUACGCCUCCAUCGAACAGGGAGCGGCUGCUGCAGCGCCAGAGACUAGUUACCGGGUGGACUUCCCGGUACCUCCGCCGUACAGCGUCGCCACCUCGCUGCCCACAUAUGACGAGGCGGAGAAGGCCAAGGCGGCUGCCAUGGCGACCACCGCCGUGGAGGUGAUGCCACUGGAUGACGAAUUCCCUCCCCGAGAGGAUUUCAGCGACGCUGAUCAGCUGCGCGUCGGCAACGAUGGGAUCUUCAUGUUGGCCUUUUUCAUGGCCUUCUUGUUCAACUGGAUUGGGUUCUGCCUGUCCUUCUGCCUGACCAAUACCAUCGCGGGACGCUACGGCGCCAUCUGCGGCUUCGGCCUGUCCCUCAUCAAGUGGAUUCUGAUCGUCAGGUUCUCCGACUACUUCACUGGAUACUUCAAUGGCCAAUACUGGCUGUGGUGGAUCUUCCUGUUGCUCGGUCUCCUGCUGUUCUUCAGGGGUUUCGUGAACUAUCUUAAAGUGCGCAACAUGUCAGAGAACAUGGCCACGUCUCACAGAACGCGCCUCUUCUUCCUCUACUAAAAAGGUUUCUACAGCAUCGCCAUUCUUCCCAGCCCGAGCCCCCUCCCCUCGAAUGACCCGAGCGACAGGCCUUGCAGCGAAAAGAGAGGAGACAGCGAAGGAACCAAGGACAGGCGUAGGGAGGAAGUGUUACCAGUCUCAUUAAAAGCAGAACGUGGUUUACUCUCAACUUCUAAACCUCCAUCGAGUACCAAGUCCUUGAUUAGCAGAUCUCUUCUCUGGCUUUGUUUUUUUUCUUCUUUUUCCCCGUCCUGAUACAACGCACUUAAUGUACCGUAGUUAAAUGAGGCAAAUUCAGCCGAACAAAAAAUGAGCAGUCGCAGGGACGUUAAAUGAAAGCACAAUGACACGACUUCAAUGAAGGAAACACAAACGUUGCUGUUGUGUUUUCUGUAAACAUUUUGGAACUUUUCAAAAAGGAAAAAAAAGAGCAUGAAGUGGAAGCCCACUCCCAGCCUCUGAUAUUCAGACCUCCCCUCCGGCUUUGCAUCCUGUUCUAGCUGCAGCACUUUUUUUUCUUUAGCACUAGCUUCGUCAUUCCACAUUCUACCAGUCUUAUUUUAACAGUGAUGUAGCAGCUCCGCGCCCUUUACUUCCACUUCGGCCCCUUUAAAAAAAAAUCUGCAAGCCGAGAGUGAACGUGGAAGACUUUCAUCUCGAGGCGCGAGACGGGGCAGACACGCGUUAUCCGUUUACAGCUCACAGACCCCGAAGCUCUGGGUGUCUUUGAACCAAAGGCUCCUGGAUGAGGGCGGCGCAGACGGUCGCUGAAACACUUCUCACGUUUUCUCAGUUUGAAUCAGAGAGAGUGAGAAAAGCGUCCGCCAAACUACCAGAAAUGUAGUUCUUCGCCAUGUCUUAUUUGACAAACGCUACCCCCGUGGUCCCCGCCGGUCCGAUCGGUCGGAGGGGGCCCCGGUGUGGAGGUGGGCUCCUCAUCAAGGAAGGCCUUGAGUGAAGCUCUUUGCAAAACAACAAAAGAGUUGUAUGCGACCGAGUCAUCUGUAAUGUCCUGUGAUCGUGGGUUAGGCAAAUAGUCCCUCCCAGAGGUGCUCACUGAACACGCCGCAGUGUGUGUGUCUGUAUGUGUGUGUGUGUGUGUGUGUGUGUGUGUGUGUGUGCGCGCGCAGUGACCACUUGCCAACAAAAUGAUUUUAAUUGCCAAUAAAUCAGAGAAAAUUGCAAUAAAAGCUCUUAAAAUGUGACAUGGUGUGCAUGGUUUUGAGAUGGCAUGGAUAUCUCUCCCUCUUUGGGAUUUUAGUUAUGAUUAGAGUCUAAUGGUCUUCUCUUGGAGCGAGAAGCUUUCGGUGAUUUCUUUUUAGGAAGGUUUCUUAUGUGUGAUAAAGUGAGAAGAGUAUCUGCUUCACGGUCGUGGAGGGUAAAUGGAGCCUGCUGGAUGAAAAGAAAAGAAAACUUUGUUUGAUUAUUUUUCUCAUCCAUUAAAUGAGAUGUAUAUAAAAGCUUAUGCCAAUUCAUAAUAUUUGCACUUUGAAGAACUUCUGUACAGUAUGAUUUAUGAAUCUGCUUAAUUUUAUAUGGUGGAUAGAAAUAAAAGAAUUUAUCAUAGUCAUCAAAGUUUUACAACUGGAAUUCUUAAAUCAUCCCAAAUGGACAGUUUUUGCACUUUUUUUUAUUCUUAAAAAUGUUAAAAGUUGUUAUUGUGUAACUUGUUUAAUCGCUUUCAGAAUAAUCUGUUUUCUUCUGUUGCACCUGCUCAUAUCCGACUAAAGCCUCUUUCAGUAAUAUCAAGGUCUGUCAAUAAUUAGAGCUCAGCUGCAUGAGUUAUCCCCCUGAAUGAUCAGGACUAAUCUAGUACAAUGACUUUUCUUUGUUUGAACAUAAAUGAAGUAUGAAGAUUAAGACAUCAUAAAAAGUUUUUGAUGAUCCUUGUAAUUAAAGAUCCUUGUAAUUAAAACUAAUUGAUUUCUUGCAAAAAUGCCAAUAAAGCUCAAAAGCCUAUCGUUGACGUUUAA